AUGGAGGACCAGCUGCUGUGCUGCGAGGUGGACUCCAUCAGGAGAGCCUACCAGGACUCCAACCUGCUGACCGACCGCGUCCUGCACAACAUGCUGAAGGCGGAGGACAACUACCAGCCGUCAGCCAACUACUUCAAGUGCGUCCAGAAAGAAAUAGUGCCCAAAAUGAGGAAAAUAGUCGCCACCUGGAUGCUCGAGGUGUGCGAGGAGCAGAAAUGUGAGGAGGAGGUUUUUGCACUUGCCAUGAACUAUUUGGAUAGAUUUCUAUCUGUGGAGGCCACCAGGAAAAGCAGGCUUCAGCUGCUGGGAGCUGCUUGCAUGUUUCUGGCGUCCAAGAUGAAGGAGACUGUGCCAUUAACAGCAGAGAAACUUUGCAUCUACACAGACAACUCUGUGCAGGCCGAUGAGCUGCUGCACAUGGAGCUGCUGGUUCUGAACAAACUGAAGUGGGACUUGGCUGCAGUCACGCCUCACGACUUCAUCGAGCACUUCCUGUCCAAGCUGAAGAUUCACCUGUCCAAUAAACAGAUCCUCAGGAAACAUGCCCAGACGUUUGUGGCGCUCUGCGCUACAGAUGUCAACUUUAUCACCAGUCCUCCGUCCAUGGUGGCGGCCAGCAGCGUGGCGGCAGCUGUCCGGGGUUUGUACCUGAAGAGUCAAGACAGCUCCCUGUCUUCCCAGAACCUCACCAACUUCCUGUCACAAGUCAUUCGCAGUGACCCGGACUGCUUGCGGUCAUGCCAGGAGCAGAUCGAGUCCUUGCUGGAGUCCACGCUGCGGCAGGCCCAACAGUACAGCAGCACGACAGAAACCAAACAUGUGGAAGAGGACGUGGAUGUGUCCUGCACCCCGACAGAUGUCAGAGAUGUCAACAUCUGAGUGAUGGCACGGCGUGCUGAUGAUUGAGGGAAAGUAACGGCUGGAGCGUGGCGACGGGCUGGAUGCGCCGUCUGAUGCAGCGUACCGAUCCCGAGCGGGAUGCUCUGCCUGCAUGAACCUGGCUUCCCCUCCUCCUCUCUGGUGGGCUGUUUUUGCUUCAUGGCCGAUUUUGUCACCUACAUUCUCAGUCUGCGGCUGUAAAGACAGCACACAGCCCCCCGAUUCCACAAGGACCCCAAAUCACAUUUCCUGCCUGCUGCCACUCCCAUUCCAGGAAAUGAACACUACAGAGCAAAAAAAAAAAGAAACUGAAAAACUAAGAGAGCUGGAGUUUAAGCCACAAAAAUAGACAUUUUAGUUUGUUUUCUUAAUCCCUGAAAAAUUAAACUAGGAAUCUUUAAAUUGCUGAAGACGCAACGUUUCCUACUAAAACAUGGUGACGUGUGAUGUAGGUGUUUGUGAGUCUGACUUCAGGUUUUUACCUGAAAUGUAUUAAAGAGAAGAGGCUUUUUGUUUUUCGUUCUCUCUGUGAUAAUCUAGAGUGUUGUUAGAUUUUCACUCUCCCGUCUUUUUGUUGUUGCAGUGCAAACUUUCAUAUAUCCUGCUUGCUUAUGUUUAGUCACUUUAUGUCAUUGUAGACCUGCUAUGAAUUAGUCUUAAAUCUCUUUUUUGUUUUAACCACAUUUAGUGUGAAAUGCUCUGAUUUUAACCCCCCCCGGGGUGCUAACUUGGAAAAGUAGGUUGAUUUCAACCAGCAUUUGUGACUCGUUUGAGCUGUGGUUCGUUAUGCUUAAAUCAACAUGCCUGCAAGCAGAUCUGCUUGCAGGCAUGCAAGCACCCCCCCCCCCCCCACUGUUGUCAAACCCAAAAACCAUUCCAGCUAUGUUCUUUAAAAAAAAAAAAAAAGGAAAAAAAAGGCCACUUUUGGUCAGUACUGCUGGCUCAUCUUUAAAAAAUAAAUAAAUAAAAUCAGUGAUUAAGUUUGUAAAACAACAUUAAAAAAAAUUAAAAAGAAAGGGAGAAGAGCAGGAUUCUUUCACAGUGUUGGAGUCGGAGCAGGUUUUCUUUUAACGGGACAAACUCAUGACCAGUAGAACAUAUGUCUGAACGCUGCUCGAUGCCAUCACAAGUCUCGGAGGUUGGCGGCGUGCUGUCAACCCCCCCCAACACACACACACACACAGAAUUCUCAGAGGCCGAGCUGCUCUUAAAUUCAAAGCAAUCCCGUUGGUUUUGGUUAAGCUUCAGUGUUCGGAGCUUCAGAGCCGCGGUCAUGUGGAAAAGACCGGCGCUACGACUAAGAGAUGAUGUCUCUGCUAUUAAUAUUAUUUAUUUUUCUAUUUUGUCUUUUUGCAAACUUCAAAUAACUGGUCUUUGGCUCCACCUUCUGGAGUUUAGCUCAACCAGUGGGAAAGGCUUUGGAAAACCCAAGGGGCCCCUCCUCCACAGAUGCUCAUGGAUUAGGGAAGGGGCGAAGCUAAAUGACGAGGAGAGCUGAUGAGACUGUUGACGUGAUUUUGCACAAACAAAAGACCUGAGCUGCAUUUCUUGGGGACUUGCCGAAAAAAUAAAUAAAUGGAAAAAAAAUGCAGAGGGCAAUGUUGGCAAGAGUACUGAGGGUGUGAACAGGUGGCUUAAAGGCUCGAAAGCUCAGCAGCGGGGUGUCCGCGCUGUUGGCUUCCAUUCAGGUUCUAACACAGCACAGAGAACGACAGGAAGCACAUUUUCACCUUGCAUGGAAGAAAUUCAUACUUUUGUACCAUUGGGUUUGUUCAACGUCCAUCAGCAUCCAUCACCCGUUGUCUGUCUUUAUGGAGAGUAUAAAGUCCAGUUUUGUACCAGGACUUUAAUUUAAAAGGGGUCAACUUUCAGCACAGAGGUUACCAGGGGUUUGCAAAAACAUUUGCAAUGUUUGGAGCCAAAAAUAUUACAGAGACUGAGGAGACGGUGACAGUCCAUUUUCAGAACCUCUGUGUACCUGUCGCUUUAAACGGAAAGGAAACUGCAUGCUGGCCACGCCCCCUUCUGUCUUGAGUAGGAGGCAUUUCUGUCCCACACAUUCACAGUUGUUUAAAAUUGUGCCAAGAGUGGGACAGAAUUGUUGGACUUAAAACCCCAAAUCAUACUUAACCAUAGACGAUGGAUAAAACUGGAUUUUUGCACAAUAUGAUCACUUUGAGUUGUGAGAAACGUGUGUGAUUUUCUGAAACUGUGUAGGAACCCUGCUGCGUAGGUUUCUGAUUGUACAUUAAGGAUAAUAGAGAGUAGGAGAGAAACACUCCUUGUAUUCCGCUGCUAUAGAAAAUAAAUCCCAGCUACGUAAAAAAAAAAGACUAAAACCAUGAUGGAUUUAAAAAAAAUGCUUUCUCCUGUUUGCUGCUACAUUUUUUUAUACAUCAAAUGUCUAUACUGCCAUGCUAGGUUUGAAUUUUCUCAUAGAAAAUUGUGUUGUUGACUUUUUUUUUGGUUUUGUUUUGUUUUAUGUAGCUUAAGUGAUGAUUUUUUUUGUUCAGUUGCUAUUGUUUGUUUAGAUUCUGUACUAUUCCAAAAAAGAUAAAAAAAAAAAAUAAGACGGUGUACAGAUGUGCUUUGAUCUACAAUACCUCAUGUGACAGUCGAUAUCUAUCUUUAAUUUUAGACUUUUUAUUUGUUAGGUCUUAUUCUAUUCUACUUGUUGGUUCAGUGCCUACUAGCUCUGUUGAAACUUCUCGAGAUGAAGCAUCUAUGAUGGAAACCAGCAAGUCCAGGGCCUGCUUUGAUACUGGUGCCAUAACAGAAAAUGGGAUAUCUAUAACUCUGUUGAGUGUUAAGCUGUCUCGGUGAUAGAGACUUUAUCCCCCCUUUAGGCCCAUAGUGGCCUUCCUUAUCCCUUUAUAUUUAUAUUAAAAAGAAAAAAAGCUUUGUGCUCCAAUUUCCAAACUGUCAGUGAGUUGAAUUGUAAAUAGGUUCAGUGUCGAGCUUGGUAAGCCAUAGACUUUUACAAAUCAUUCCACACAGUUGUGGUGUUCAUUUCAUGUCAGUUGUCUUGUCAACAACUGGAGGCACGGUGUAUUCAUGUUUUGUUGCCGACUACACAAUAAAACAUUAGACUGUG